AACGAAAUCAAUUUUAUUUGUUUUUUUUUAAAUUGUCCAAUUUUACAUAUCGUUUAGACUGCGGGGAAUUGUCCGUGACAAAUGGAAUCUUAAAUGACAGUGUAACAACUUUCGGUACAGUGGUGAAGGUAAAUUGUAAUACUGGAUAUAUCAACUCCUCUAAUACACCUCUAGUAUGUGAAGCAGACGGUAAUUGGAGUGGAAAUUUAUCAUGUGAACCAGUUGACUGCGGUGAGUUAUCUAUCUUGAAUGGAGGUGUAAGUAGCAGCAACACAACAUACGGUACAGAGAUUUAUGUUGAUUGUUUCGAGGGAUACGACGUUAGCAACCCUUUUGCAGUAAUAUGUCAAUCUAAUGGUAAUUGGAGUGAUGUCCCAACUUGCGACCCAGUCGAUUGUGGCUCUGAAUUUAACAUCAGCAAUAGCUGGGUAACUCUAAAUAAUGAAACUGAUACGACAUUUGGGACAUCGGCUAACGUCGAAUGUCAUUACGGAUAUGAAACAAAUGUGACAACUAUAUAUUGUCAGUCGUCAGGUGAAUGGGAUACAACUGUAUGUACAAGAAUUGAUUGCGGACCAGUGCCAGAAAUUUUACAUAGCAACACAACUCUUGAUGUUGAGGGAGAAACAAAGUUCAAUGACCGGGCUACAGUUAAAUGUGAUACAGGAUAUGCAACGGAAAUAGACAAUAACCCGUACAAAGUGUUUUACGUCUUUUGUAGAGGAUCGGGCACAUGGGAUAAUCGGACCUGUAAUAUCUCAGAUUGCGGACUUCCACCAAACGAUACGUUGAAUGGAGAGUUUAUACUUGACGAGGAGGGAGUAACGACAUAUGGAGCAAACGCUACAUUAACUUGUAUAGAUGGUUAUGAAAGCAGUAAUCCUGUGAUAACCUGUCAGGAACUUAAUACCUGGUCAACAUAUGAACCGUGCUUAAUAAAAGAUUGCAAUACAGUACCGUUUAUAACCUUUGGGACAAUAAUGCCGAUUGACGAUGGCAACACAACCUAUGGUGCUGUUGCAAACGUGACAUGUGAACAUGGAUACAAUUCCAGUAAAGAAUAUAUCCAGUGUCUUAGAAACGGAACUUGGGAAAGUGUAACUUGUGAAAAAAUUGAUUGUGGACUGGUGCCAGAAGUACUAAAUGGUAAUACUACUCUUGCAUUUGAGGGAUAUACACAGUUAGGUGAACGAGCUGUUGUUGAAUGUGACAUUGGAUAUCACAUAAAUGGUACCUUCUUGAAGUUUGAUUUCAUAUUUUGUACACCUGCAGGUACAUGGGAAAAUCGUACCUGCGAUUUCUCAGACUGCAGCUCUCUACCAAACGAUACGUUGAAUGGAGAGUUUAUACUUGACGAGGAAGGAGUAACGACAUAUGGAACAAACGCUACAUUAACUUGUAUAGAAGGUUAUGAAAGCAGCAACCCUGUGAUAACUUGUGAGGAAUUUGAUACCUGGUCAACAUAUGAACCGUGCUUAAUAAAAGAUUGCAAUACAGUACCAGCUAUAGAAAGUGGGACAAUUUUACCGAUCGACGGUGGCAACACAACCUAUGGUGCUGUUGCAAUCGUGACAUGUGACUAUGGAUACAAUUCCAGUAAAGAAUAUAUCCAGUGUCUUAGUAACGGAACUUGGGAAAGUGUAACUUGCGAAAUAAUAGAUUGUGGAGAUGUCCCGUUAUUAGAUUACGGAAGCAUAGCUUUGCAAAUUGACGGAAAUAGCUCAUAUGGUGCUGUAGCCAAUGUGACAUGUGAUACGGGUUAUAACACAACAUUACAUACCAUACAGUGUCAGAUAACAGGACAGUGGCAGGACACAACAUGUACUGUUGUUGUAUGUGGAGAUGUUUCACUAAUAAAUGGUGGAAUAAUCGAUUUGCAAGAAGCCGGUAAUAGCUCAUACGGCGCCUUUGCCGAUGUGAUAUGUGAUACAGGCUAUAACACAACGUUAGAUACUAUACAGUGUCUUGAUACGGGAGAAUGGGAAAACGCGACUUGUACUGUUGUUGAUUGUGGAGAUGUGCCGUUUAUAAAUAAUGGAAACAUAGUUUUGCAAGAGGAGGGAAAUAGCUCAUACGGCGCCUUAGCCAAAGUAACAUGUAACAUAGGCUAUAACACAACGUCAGAUACCAUACAGUGUCUUAAUACAGGGGAAUGGGAUAACGCAACUUGCACUAUUGUUGAUUGUGGAGAUGUGCCGGUUAUAAAUGAUGGAAGCAUUAUUUUACAAGAGAGUGGAAAUAGCUCAUACGGUGCCUUAGCCGAAGUAACAUGUAACACAGGCUAUAACACGACAUUAAAUACCAUAGUUUGUCUGGACACAGGGGAAUGGGAAAACAUCACUUGCAAUAUUAUUGACUGUGGAAAUGUCCCAUCAGUUUUGAAUGGGAGCAUAGAACUUGUAGAAGAUGGGAAUACCACAUACGGUGCUUUAGCUGAAGUGAUAUGUGACACAGGUUAUAACAAAUCGCGAGAUAUUUUAGAAUGUCACAAUACUGGCGAAUGGGAUAAACCUACAUGUGAUCUUAUAGAUUGUGGAACUGUUCCGUUGAUAAAUGGUGGAUCCAUAAUCUUAAACCAGGCUGGAAAUAUCUCUUAUGGUGCUCUUGCAGAAGUUAGAUGUAACACCGGCUAUAAUACAACCUUACCUACCAUAGAGUGUGGCGAUAAUGGGAAAUGGGAUAACACGACUUGUGAUAUUGUUGACUGUGGAAACGUACCAUUAAUAUCGAAUGGAAGCAUAACCCUAAUAGAAGAUGGAAACACGACUUACGGCGCUUUAGCGGAAGUGACAUGCGAAACAGGUUAUAAUGAGACGCUAAAUAUCAUAGAAUGUCGGAACACCGGGGACUGGGAUGCUACUGAUUGUAAUUUGAUAGAUUGUGGAACUGUUCCGUUGAUUAAUGGUGGAUCCAUAACCUUAAACCAGGCUGGAAAUAGCUCUUAUGGUGCUCUUGCAGAAGUUAGAUGUAACACCGGCUAUAAUACAACCUUACCUACCAUAGAGUGUGGCGAUAAUGGGAAAUGGGAUAACACGACUUGUGAUAUUGUUGACUGUGGAAACGUACCAUUAAUAUCGAAUGGAAGCAUAACCCUAAUAGAAGAUGGAAACACGACUUACGGCGCUUUAGCGGAAGUGACAUGCGAAACAGGUUAUAAUGAGACGCUAAAUAUCAUAGAAUGUCGGAACACCGGAGACUGGGAUGCUACUGAUUGUACUUUGAUAGAUUGCGGAACUGUUCCACAGCUAGAUAAUGGCAAUGUAGUGUUAAAAGUGGAUGGACUGAGCUCUUAUGGCUCAGAAGCAGUUGUUACAUGCGAACAAGGCUAUAAUACUACUUCAGAAACAAUACAAUGUCUUGACACUGGAAAAUGGGAUAACACUAGUUGCGAAAUAGUUGAUUGCGGAGAAGUACCUGUUGUUACAAAAGGUACCAUCACUCUUCUAGAAGAAAAUAACACAACCUAUACCGCACUUGCGAACGUAAGCUGUGAACCGGGCUACAAUGCAAGCAAAGGCAUAAUACAAUGUCUAGAAACGGGACUCUGGGAAAUAACUGAAUGUCAAAUACUAGAUUGCGAUGCUGUGCCAGACGUUUUAAAUGGGAUUGUAGCCUUACAAGAAUCUGAAAAUACUACAUAUGGUAAACAAGCCGAGGUUAUAUGUAACAGUGGCUACAAUGCAACCUCCGAAACAAUACUUUGUCUAGAAACAGGAAAAUGGGAAACUCCACAGUGUAAAAUAUUAGAUUGUGAGGCUGUGCCGAUCAUCGCGAAUGGACAAAUUACUCUUACACAAGAUGGAAAUACCACACAUGGUGCAAUAGCGAGUGUAUCAUGUUUAACAGGAUAUAACGCGACAGUAGACACUAUUCUGUGUCUAGAUACAGGAGAAUGGGACAAUGCAACAUGUAAUUCAAUAGACUGUGGAAACGUACCAUCAAUAUUGAAUGGAAGCAUAGCCCUAAAAGAAAAUGGAAACACGACUUACGGCGCUUUGGCGGAAGUGACAUGCGACACAGGUUAUAAUGAGACGCUAAAUAUCAUAGAAUGUCGGGACACCGGGGACUGGGAUGUAACUGGAUGUAAUUUGAUAGAUUGCGGAAAUGUUCCACUGCUAGAUAAUGGAAAUGUAGUGUUAAAAGUGGAUAGACUGAGUUCUUAUGGCACAGAAGCAGUUGUUACAUGCGAACAAGGCUAUAAUGCUACUUCAGAAACAAUACAAUGUCUUGACACUGGAAAAUGGGAUAACAUUAGUUGCGAACUAGUUGAUUGCGGAGAAGUACCUGUUGUUACAAAAGGUACAGUCACACUUCUAGAAGAAAAUAAUACAACCUAUAGCGCACUUGCAAACGUAAGCUGUGAAACGGGUUACAAUGCAAGCAUAGGCAUAAUUCAAUGUCUAGAAACGGGACUCUGGGAAACAACUGAAUGUCAAAUACUAGAUUGCGAAGCUGUGCCAGACGUUUUAAAUGGGAUUGUGGCAUUACAAGAAUCUGAAAAUACUACAUAUGGUAAACAAGCCGAGGUUAUAUGUAACAGUGGCUACAAUGCAACCUCCGAAACAAUACUUUGUCUAGAAACAGGAAAAUGGGAAACUCCACAGUGUGAAAUAUUAGAUUGUGAGGCUGUUCCAAUCAUCGCUAAUGGACAAAUUACUCGUACACAAGAUGGAAAUACCACGUAUGGCGCGAUAGCGAAUGUAUCAUGUUCAAUAGGAUAUAAUGCCACAGUAGACACUAUACUGUGUCUAGAUACAGGAGAAUGGGAUAAUGCAACAUGUUAUUUAAUAGAUUGCGGUACCGUUCCUGAGGUUGUCAACGGAAACGUGGCUUUAUUAGAUGUAGUAAACACAACAUAUGGUGCUUUAGCGGACAUAACCUGUGAGACUGGCUAUAACUCGUCUUUGGAUUCCAUACAGUGCCGUGAAACCGGGGUCUGGGAUACUGCUUCAUGCGAUUUAAUAAGCUGUGGAAACGUGUCAGUAAUAUCGAAUGGAGACAUAACACUUAUAGAUGAAGGCAAUACUACAUACGGCGCCUUAGCUGAAGUUACAUGUAACACAGGCUAUAAUAAAACCAUAAACAUUAUAGAAUGUCACGACACCGGAGAAUGGGAUGUUCCUGCUUGUUACUUAAUAGACUGUCGAGAUGUCCCAACGAUAUCUAAUGGAACCAUUUACCUAAAAGAAGAAGAAAAUACCACAUACGGAGCUUUGGCGGAAGUAGUAUGUGAAAAUGGCUAUAACGAAACUCUAGAUAUAAUCGAAUGUCGCAAUACAGGGGAAUGGGAUGCCGUUGAAUGUUAUUUAAUUGAUUGUGGAAUACUUCCAUCAAUUGAUAAUGGAAGCAUUGCUUUGAAAGAGGACGGAAAUAGCUCAUUCGGUGCCAUAGCUGAAGUGACGUGCUACAUUGGCCAUAACGCGACUUUAGAAACCAUAAUGUGUCGUGAUACUGGGAAAUGGGAUAAUACUUCAUGUGAAAUUAUAAACUGCGGAGAUGUCCCAACGAUAUCUAAUGGAACCAUUGACCUAAAAGAAGUAGGAAAUACCACAUACGGAGCUAUUGCGGAGGUAGUAUGUGAACAUGGCUUCAACGAGACUCUUGAUAUAAUCGAAUGUCGCGAUACAGGGGAAUGGGAUGUCGUAAGAUGUUAUUUAAUUGAUUGUGGAAUACUUCCACCAAUUGAUAAUGGAAGCAUUGCUUUGAAAGAGGACGGCAAUAGCUCAUUCGGUGCUUUAGCUGAAGUGACGUGCAACAUUGGCCAUAACGCGACUUUAGAAACCAUAAUGUGUCGUGACACUGGGAAAUGGGAUAAUACUUCAUGUGAAAUUAUAAAUUGUGGAGAUGUGCCUACUGUUAUAAAGGGAUCUGUUACAUUAUUAGAAGAAAAUAACACAACGCAUAGCGCACUUGCAAAUGUAAGCUGUGAUACAGGUUACAAUGCAAGCAUAGGUAUAAUACAAUGUCUAGAAACGGGACAAUGGCAAACAACUGAAUGUCAGCUACUUGAUUGUGAAUCUGUUCCAAUGGUUUUAAAUGGGGUCGUCGCAUUAAUUGAAGCUGAAAAUACGACGUAUGGACAAUUGGCAGAGGUCACGUGCAAUAAAGGCUACAAUUCAACCUCCGGAACAAUAAAGUGUCUAGAGACUGGAAAAUGGGAAACCCCACAAUGUGAACUAUUGGAUUGUGAGGCUGUUCCGGUCAUCGCUAAUGGACAAGUUACUCUUACACAAGCUGGAAAUACCACGUAUGGCGCGAUAGCGAAUGUAUCAUGUUCAACAGGAUAUAACGCGACAGUAGACACUAUACUGUGUCUAGAUACAGGAGAAUGGAAUGAUGCAACAUGUACUUUAAUAGAUUGUAGUGUAGCCCCUAAAGUGUCUAAUGGAAACGUAGCUUUGCUCGAAGAAGAAAAUACUACAUAUGGAGCAUUAGCGGAAAUAACCUGUGAGACUGGUUAUAAUUUUUCUGUGCCAACCAUACAGUGUCGUGAUACCGGGAUCUGGGAUACUGCUACAUGCGAUUUAAUUGUUUGUGAACCAUCACCGACGAUAGAAAACGGGGACAUAACUUUACAAGAAGAAGGAAAUCAUUCUUUUGGUGCAAUAGCUCGUAUUGACUGUAACACAGGUUAUACUGCAAGUAUAACUACCAUACAAUGUCGUGAAAAUGGGACUUGGGAUACGACCAUCUGUUCAAUAAUAGAUUGUGGCGGACCAGAUGAUCUAAUGAAUGGUACUAUCAAUACUUCUAAUGGUACAACAUAUGGUUCAACUGCCACAUAUUCAUGCCAAAUAAGGCUUGUUUAUUUUUGGUGA